AUGGCCACGACCCAUGUCAUUGCGUCCAACCCGAGCGCCCACCUCACGGGCUCGAGCCACUCGUCCAGCUCGAGCAACAUUGUCGGCGUCCACUACAAGGUCGGCAAGAAGAUCGGAGAGGGUUCAUUCGGUGUCAUCUUUGAAGGCACCAACCUCCUCAACUCGCAGACGGUCGCCAUCAAGUUUGAGCCGCGCAAGUCUGAUGCUCCUCAAUUGCGGGACGAGUACCGUAGCUACAAGAUUCUGAGCGGAUGCCCCGGUAUCCCUCAGGUCUACUACUUUGGGCAGGAGGGUCUGCACAACAUUCUGGUCAUUGACCUCCUGGGCCCCUCGCUCGAGGACCUGUUUGACAUGUGUGGCCGCAAGUUCUCGGUCAAGACGUGCUGCAUGACUGCCCGCCAGAUGCUCUCGCGUGUUCAGACCAUCCACGAGAAGAACCUCAUCUACCGUGACAUCAAGCCCGACAACUUCCUGAUCGGCCGCCCCGGUACCAAGGGUGCCGGCACCAUCCACGUCGUCGACUUUGGCAUGGCAAAGCAGUACCGCGACCCCAAGACUAAGCAGCACAUUCCUUACCGCGAGCGCAAGAGCCUCAGCGGCACGGCGCGCUACAUGUCCAUCAACACCCACCUGGGUCGCGAGCAGUCGCGCCGUGACGACCUCGAGGCCCUUGGCCACGUCUUCUUCUACUUCCUGCGUGGCGGUCUGCCCUGGCAGGGCCUCAAGGCUGCUACCAACAAGCAAAAGUACGAGAAGAUUGGAGAGAAGAAGCAGUCGACUCCCAUCGCAGAGCUUGGCGAGGGCUACCCUCCCGAGUUUGCCAUCUACCUCAGCUACGUCCGCAAGCUGACCUUUGACGAGACGCCCGACUACGACUUCCUGCGCGACCUCUUUGCGACCGCGCUGCAGAACGCCGGCGAGGUCGACGACCAGGUGUACGACUGGAACCUGCUCAACAGCGGCAAGGGCUGGGAGGCUGGCACCUCGCACUCGUCUGCCGACGUGCAGCGUCAGCCCACGAGGAAUCGUGACAACCGCGGCGGCGACCGCGUCGACAGGCUGCGCAACGGCUCGGGCGGCGGUGCCACCCCCAGGGGAGGCCGCAAGUCGGGCUCGGCCCUGCCCAACGCGAGCAACCAGGCGAUUGUGGGCGUGUCGGCGCCAUCGCACCAGAACUCGAGGCGCCAGUCCCAGCAGGGCGGCCACCCCUUCGCAUCGGGCAACGCCAUGACCGGCGGCGGCUACGACAACUAUGAUGCCAACCACGGACCCAACAAGGGCGCCCAGGCCAUCUCGCCCAUGAACGUCAACUCGAGGCCGGGCGGUACCGCCGGCAACUCUCAGCAGAUUGGCGGCGAGGGCGACUACAUGCCCGAGCACCGGAACGGCUUCCUGGCGUUCCUCACCUGCCGUUCGUGCCGGUAG